CUCCCCGUCCCCGUUUUGUACUCUGCUUGUCCUCUUGAUGUCCGCCUCCUUCACUCGUCGCGCCCCGCUGCCGCCCAUACAUUUACCCACGCCCGCCGCUCUUGGCCACUGACGCCGGCGCCAUGGAAGGGCACAAGCGCACCAAGUCCGCCAGCGUGAAGAACCUCCUCUCGCGCGUCUCCUCCAAGACCGACGUCACCGAUCCCAACGACGCGAGCAGCCUUCCGCCCAGCUCGUCAGCCACGUCCCUCAGCUCGCAGCACAUCUCCAACCCGCACCCGCACUCCCAUGCACACUCGCAUAGCCACCAUCGCAGCGCCUCGACCAAGCACCGCCCGCACCUCUCCGCCAGCAUGUCCAAUGCCAUCUCGCAGGACAGCCCCACGCCCUCGUCGCCGAGCCACAAUACCUCGCCGCUCUCGCCCACGCCCAAGGGCGCCUCCAUAGAGCAGUCCGUGAAGCUGUUCCGCGUCUUCGAGUCGCUGCGCAAUGGCGACACCGCCGCUAUCUCCAAGGCAAUCAGGGAGCAGGCAGCGCCGGCCGACAGCGACCAGAGCACCUCCUCGCUGUCCCUCCCCACCCGCACCGAGGGGACCUCGAUCCUGCACCUGGCCAUUCAAUGCGCCGAGGUGCCUGUGAUCGAAUUUGUGCUCUCCAAUGCGACGCCUUCGCCCGACUCCGUCAUCGACAUUAAUGGCCGCGACCGAGACGGCAACACGCCCCUCCAUCUCGCAGCAACCCUCGGCCGCGCGCCCGUUGUGCGCAUGCUGCUCGACCAGCAGGGCAUCAAUGACUCCAUCACCAAUUACAAUGGCCAGACGCCGCUGGACCUCGCCCGCACACCGGACAUUUUCCAGCAGCUGCAGCUUGCACGCUCGAUAUUCAUCGACACCAAUGUGCGGAAGAUACAACAGCUGAUGGUCACGGCGGACAUGGCAGCUCUGGAGAAGCUGCUGCAGGACCCGCGCAUCAAGAGCACCCUGGAUGUGAAUGGCGGAGAAUUGGCGACCGACCCUGUCGUCCAAGACGCUGGGGGCACCCUUUUACAUGAGGCGGCGAAGAAGAGGGAUGUAAAACUGGCGCAGCUGCUACUGCUCAACGGAGCUGAUCCAUUUCGCCGAGAUCGCAAGGGAAAGCUGCCCCAAGAUUACACCAAGGACGAUCGCACCCGCGCCAUCUUGAAGCGCUCGCCGGCCGCGGCGGCAGCCCAGAGGGGCAUCCAGGAGAAGACGAUCCUUGCUGGAGCCGCAUCGCAAGCUGGAGCAGCACAGGACAGUGGCAUGGGCGCAAAGGAGUCGCGCGAGAUGAAGGGCUACCUCAAGAAGUGGACCAACUACACGAGCGGAUACAAGCUACGGUGGUUCGUUCUUGAGGACGGCGUGCUCAGCUACUACAAGCAUCAAGACGACACAGGAUCGGCGUGCCGUGGCGCCAUCAACAUGCGAAUAGCGAAGCUGUACAUGGACCCCCAAGACAAGCAGCGCUUUGAGAUCCAGGGAAAGUCAUCUGUCAAGUACCACCUAAAGGCUAACCACCAGGUCGAAGCCAAGCGAUGGUACUGGGCCUUGAAUAACGCCAUCCAGUGGGCCAAAGAUGAAGCGCGCGAAGAAGAGAAACGACACACCCGAGAUCAGGAGGCUUUGAAACAGGCCAAAAUGGAGCAGCUGGACAAACGAACAUCCAAAGACGGAGAUUCAACCAGCCUCGCUAGCUCAAAGAUUGCGAGCACGAAGAAUCUCGUUCCUUCUACGUCCCUGGGUGUUCCUUUAACGAGCCAGGAUGCGGCAUCACGGUCCGGCGUAAGCAUGACCGAAGAUCCCGAUAGCAACUACGAGCCUAGUGUAGCUGGAAACGAGCUUGGGAAAAUGGUCAGCAACGUGGGGACUGCUACAGUCGAAGGCGACGUAGACGACGACGAGGAAUAUGGCGACGACGCUAGCAGCCACGAAUUGCGGCCGGCAAACAAGGACGCGUUUAAUAUCACUGCGCAGUCAGCCAAACUCCAGCUCGAUCUCCUCGCCCAGGUCUCGACAGCCUUGCAGUCAGAGAAGACGAAGAAUCCGACGCUGCAGAUAUCGGAUCCCAUGAUGCUCCAGGCCCUCUCGUCGUACGAAUCCGCUGUCGGUAACCUUAAGGGGCUUAUCGGCGAUCUCUUACGGAUAUCCAGGGAUCGCGAUGCCUAUUGGCAGUAUCGACUAGAUCGAGAAGCCAACGUCCGCCGCAUGUGGGAGGAGAGCAUGGCGAAGGUAGCCAGGGAGCAGGAGGAAUUGGAAAAUCGCAUCGGGGAGUCGGAGCUGAAGCGACGGAAGACGAAACGCGCGCUCCGUGAAGCACUGGAGGAGUACGAAUUGGGCGAGCACAAGCCAUCUCGAGAUGAAGAUGAGUUUGUUGAGGCAGAGGAAAAGAAUGAACCGGGCCUCGGACCGCAGCCUAGUUUCUCGUCCCAGGCGCUGCGGAGAAAGGCUACGUUUGCCAACAUUGCGGCGGAUAUCUCUGAGUCUGAAUCCGAGGACGACGAGGAGUUCUUCGAUGCUGUUGGCGCCGGCGAGGUUGAAGUUGUUGAGAUGCCUGUUGCUAGCCCGGGCAUGGAACCUACGGAAAUGCCGCCAGCGUAUGGAGAUCUUUUCGAGAGCAAGCACGCGGAAAUUGCCACCGGUUUUGUCGGAUACGAGGAAGGAAUCCGGAAAAAGCUUGGCAUGGAUGAGGACAACAGACCAAAGAUUUCACUCUGGGCAAUCCUCAAAUCCAUGAUCGGCAAAGACAUGACUAAAAUGACUUUGCCCGUAUCCUUCAACGAGCCUACUUCGCUUCUCCAGCGUGUGGCAGAAGACAUGGAGUACACCGACCUCCUCGAUACUGCCGCCGAACGCAGCGACUCCACUGAGCGUCUCCUGUAUGUUGCUGCAUUUGCCGCGUCUGAAUACGCUUCGACCAUUGGACGUGUAGCGAAGCCCUUCAAUCCUCUACUAGGCGAAACUUACGAAUACGCACGGCCGGACAAGGGAUACCGUUUCUUCAUCGAGCAAGUUAGCCAUCACCCACCCAUUGGCGCCGCCUACUCCGAGUCCAAAAAGUGGGAUUACUACGGCGAAUCGGCAGUGAAAUCGAAAUUCUACGGCAAAUCCUUCGACAUUAACCCUCUUGGAACAUGGUUCCUCCGCCUCCGUCCCACGGCAACAGGCGGCAAAGAAGAACUCUACACCUGGAAGAAAGUCACGUCCUCCGUCAUCGGCAUCAUCACGGGCAACCCCACCGUUGACAACUACGGUCUCAUGGAAAUCAAGAACUGGACCACCGGCGAGGUAUGCCAGCUUGACUUUAAGCCUCGGGGAUGGAAAGCUAGCUCCGCGUACCAGGUCAUUGGGAAAGUGCUGGAUGCGGAGGCUAGAGUGCGAUGGAGUGUCGGUGGCCGCUGGAAUGAUAAGAUUUACGCUAGACUCACGCCUGGCUUCGAAGACGCGGAAAUUGAUAAAGGAGGCUCGAAACACAUCAAGCACGACGACAACAAGGCCUUCCUCGUCUGGCAAGCGCACGAGCGCCCCACCGGCAUUCCAUUCAACCUCACACCCUUCGUCGUCACACUCAACGCGAUCACUGAUUCUCUGCGCCCCGUUGUUGCGCCCACGGAUACCCGCUUACGACCCGAUCAGCGCGCGAUGGAGGACGGCGAGUACGACCUCGCAGCGACGGAGAAGAAUAGGGUUGAGGAGAAACAGCGGAAGACGAGGCGGGAGCGCGAGGCUCGAGGCGAAGAGUUCAUUCCUAGGUGGUUUAGCAAGGGCAGGUGCGAGACGACCGGAGAGGAGUUUUGGGUGUUUAAUCACGAAUAUUGGAAGGUGAGGAGUGAGGUUGCGACGGGAAAGGCUAAUUGGCGGGAACAGGGGCUGGAGGAUAUCUUUUAAGUGAGCAAAAACCCUCUUCAACAGUUCCUGGAGGCUGGAGAUUUGUGAAUUCGAUGUGCCAUUCCAGUGUUAGCGUAUAUAUGUGUAAUGAUGCGAUUGCAUAUUCUUCCUGUUCAUUUGUUGGCCUAGCAUUUGCUUUUCCUUGUGGCGAAGGGUGUCAAGUCAUUGUAAGAAAGCUUCGGUCUACCAAUAUGCGCAGGGGACUUUGGUGAGCCUCGGUGUGUGCGGCGCGUCAAUGUGGCACAAAGCCUGAAUGCGCCCUCUCGAGCAACAUUCUGUUCCCUGCCUUUCGCUUUCUUGCUUCGUCCCCAACCUUUGCGGAGGAAUCUUCGCAAUAGUCACCCAAUC